AUGGUUGAGUUCGAUCUUCAUCAGUUCCUAGAUUAUAACUUUCUUCUGAUCAUCUUAGCAGUAGUCUCCUCAAUUAUCUUAUUGGGCCGGGCCAUCAAAUCUGUCAAAGCCCAAAAAAGCCCACCUCUUCCUCCAAGCCCACCAGCCCUACCUAUAAUAGGUCACCUCCAUCUCCUCGGCAAGCUUCCCCACCAGGACCUUUGCAAAGUCUCGGCCCGUUAUGGGCCCAUUGUCUACCUCCGGUUUGGCUACAAACCUUCCCUACUCGUCUCCUCAGCCGAAAUCGCCGAAGAAUGCCUCAAAACGAACGAGUCUUGCUUCUUAAACCGACCACAAAGAGCCAACUUUGACUACUUAACCUAUGGAAACUCUGACUUUUCCGUAGCUCCCUACGGACCCUUUUGGAAGUUCAUGAGGAAACUAACGGUGUCGAAGCUUCUUGGAGCUUCGAUCAUGGAUUUCUACCGUCCAAUACGGAGGGAGGAGAUUGGGUCGUUGAUAAAGAACAUGCAGAGGUUGGCGAACGACGGUGAAAAAGUUGACGUUGGAGCUCAGCUCAUGGGGUUGACGAACAAUGUCGUUUCGAGGAUGGCGUUGAAACAAAAGUGUGCGAAAAACGACGACGACGCUUAUGAGAUGAGACAUGUCAUUGAUGAGAUGUGUGAUUUGGGGGGGAAGUUGAACGUUCAGGAUUUCAUUUGGUUUUGUAAAAAGUUUGAUUUGCAAAGGUUUGGGAAGAGGCUUAAGGAGGUGAGAGAUAGGUAUGAUAGGUUGAUGGGGAAGAUUAUUGAGGAACAUGUUGAGGCCAAGAGGAAGAGAAAGGAGGAUAAUAGUGAUGAGGAUGAGUCGUAUAAGGAUAUACUUGAUAUGUUGCUCGAUGAGUUUGAAGAUGAGAAAUCAAAGAUAAAGUUGACUAAAGAAAAUAUCCUAGCUUAUGUUAUGGUAAACAUUCUUUCACUUAAUUAUAUGUAUACAUGUUUGUCAAUAAAUAUCUUUGGAGCUGGGACAGAAACCCAAUCGGUAACAAUGGAAUGGGCAAUAUCGGAGUUAAUGACCCACCCAACAGCCAUGGCGAAAGCAAGAAAAGAAAUAGACCAAGUGGUGGGAAACAAGAGAAUUGUAGAAGAGUCGGACCUUCCAAAGCUUCCGUACAUCCGAGCCAUUAUAAAAGAAACCCUAAGACUCCACCCGGGAGGACCCUUCAUAGCAAGGGAAUCAUCCAAGGACUGCACCGUGGCCGGAUACCAUGUCCCAGCGAACACUCGUCUCUUCAUCAACACGUGGGCAAUCAACCGAGACCCGGCCCAUUGGGAUGACCCGCACCGAUUCAUACCCGAGAGGUUCAUGAUGGAAGAGAAGAAGGACGUGGAUGUGAGAGGAAACCACUUUGAGCUGUUGCCCUUUGGGAGUGGGAAGAGAGGUUGCCCCGGUGUCAAUUUGGCUCUCCUGACGGUUCCGACGACGGUGGCGGCUUUGGUUCAGUGCUUUGAUUGGAAUGGUGUUGUGGAUUUGGAUGAAGGCUUUGGAUUGUCGCUUCCGAGGGCUAGGCCUUUGGUUUGUUAUCCUGUGGUUAGGCUUGACCCAUUUCCUCAACUUAUAUGAUCGACACUACGUACGUGUUUAUUUAAAAUAUAUUUAUGCAUGGUUUGGAUUUGAACUUGGCAACCUUGAAUUCUCGGCAAUGUGCCAGAACUAAAUAAAUUUAUGUAGUUUGAAGUUCAUGCACAAGAUGGACUAGGUUGUGAGUAUUAUUCCUUGUCUAAAAAAUAUAAGAACAUAUAUAUCCUAGA